AUGCACUCCUCUGAUAUCUUUGCCUCUAUCGGCGCAAUCGCCGUUGCCGCCCUCGCCUUCAAAGCUGCUUCCGCCGGCGUAGUCUAUCUCCUCCCCUCAAACCUCAAGCGAUAUGCCCACGUUUCAGGUGAUGGCCGCCCUCCGUGGGCGCUGGUGACGGGUGCAUCGGACGGCAUUGGCCGCGCCUUUGCUGACGAGCUCGCGCUGCGAGGCUUCAACGUGGUCCUUCACGGCCGCAAUCAGGCAAAGCUCGAUGUGGCUGGAGAAGCUCGGUCGCAACAUUCAGUCGAUUUCAAUGCCAUCAAAGACGCGCUUCAAGACUUGCAUCUCACCGUUUUAAUCAACAACGCGGGCGGCGGUUCUACAAACCCCGUCUACCUCUCACUGGGCGACUGCUCCGAGCGACGAAUCACUGACAACGUCAGUGUCAAUGCAUUGUUUCCCCUGCAGCUGAUUCGCGUCCUGCUCCCACAUCUGGCACUAAACUCACCGGCGCUCAUAAUGAACAUCAGCUCUAUGGCUGACGCAGGCUUCCCCAUGCUGGCUUCUUAUGGCGCGAGCAAGCAGUUUCUAAUGACCUUGACGCGAGCUAUAAAUUUGGAAUCUGCAUUAUUGGGACGAACUGACAUUGAGUGCCUUGGCGUCCGUGUUGGUAACGUUACAAGUGUAUCGCACAAUAAAGAGACUCCAUCGCUUUUCACGCCGACAGCCGAGACGAUGGCUCGAGCUGCGCUGGAUCGAGCUGGCCACGGGCAUGUGGUUGUAACCGGACACUGGGCACAUGCGCUGCAGGGGGCCAGUUUGACGUUUCUGCCUUCGUUUAUGGCGAACAAGAUCAUGGUUGAUGCUAUCCGCGUGAGGUGGGAGGCUGAGCUUAAGUCAAGCUAG